UAUAUGCGAGGAUGCUCUCGUUUACUCAUCUCAUUUAACGUAAUCCAGCAAGAUGAAACGUUUCGGAUUAUUAUUUAUACUUGUUAUCUUGAUUCACUUCAGUACACAAAUUCCAAAAUAUGAAAAUUGUCCAAAUCAUAUUAUGAUCUCGGAUCAGUGCGAAUGCUGUAAAGUAUCAUGUUUCUCAGAAGGAACAGAAUUAAGACUUACGGCAUGCGCCUUGUUUCAAUGUGCUCCUGGAACACAGACAGGAUAUGACAAUGGAGACAACACAAAGGAGUAUCCAGAUUGUUGCGAACAUCCCAUUUGUAAAGAACAAUAAAACUUCAUAUCACGCAGACUAUUGUAUACAUAAAAAAUUAUAUUUGUCAAAAUGCAAAACUUUAUGAAGAAUGGUUCUCCGGAGUAUAAUGGCCGGCGAAAUCUUGAUUAAGCAUGAAGCGGAGUAUAUUUCACGUAGUAUAGAGGCAACCAACCGAGAGGAGCCAUCGCUGUACAUUUGCAUGUCUCUGCAGAGAAGCCACGGCUAAAUAUGCACCGCUCGUUACUUAACCAACCACCAAGCAGCGUUGGUGAAGCUCUGCCUUUGCAGCUAUAGAUCCACCGCGAAAUUCUACUAUGCUUACACGCGCUACGUGAGAUUUCGUGUUGAAGCGACUUAAUUUGGAGCAGUUUGAUUAAUUACAGCUUGACAUUUAUCGCGCAUAAAAUAAUACAAUAUUCUUAACAGAUUUUAUUUCAUUCUCUGUUUUAUUGAAUCACAAACAAUGAUCUUUACAAAGAUUCGUCAAAUUUAAAGCUCCCUGAAAUUAACGUGAAAAUUGUUAAUGCGAAACCGAUAUUUUAUCACAACCUCAUAAUCUUGAUGUUGAUGUUACAUUACGUAACUAAAGUUCUAUCUAAAAAAUCUCUAUGUGCUUUUUCCGGUUAAAUCUACAAUGCAAAUCGAAUGGCAGAUAAAAAUGCUCGCGAGCCGAGCUUGAAGAGACGACAUAUGCUGUAUAGGUACAUUUUUUUACCCCAGAGAUCUCCAACUAAAAUACAUGAAAUAUAAGAGGAACGGCAAAUUUCCA